GCGGCCCGGGCGCUCCGUCCUGCUCCUGCCACCGGCCGUGCGCCGCGUCCCGCCUGCCGAAGGAGGGGCCGCCUCGGUCGUCCUUCGGAAGGGCGGAUUUACCGCCUUCCCCUUCGCUUCCCUUUCUCCGCCGCCGCACGCGUGACGCCUUUGUCAGGCUCCGGGCCCUCGGCCGGGCCCGCUCCUCCGCCCGGGGCCAUGGCCGAGCAGACGGGCUUGGCGCUGCCGCAGACCAUGGACAGAAGCUGCUGGGUUUGUUUUGCUACCGAUGAGGAUGAUCGGACAGCAGAGUGGGUGAGGCCCUGCAGGUGCAGGGGCUCCACCAAAUGGGUGCAUCAGACCUGUCUGCAGCGCUGGGUGGAUGAAAAGCAAAGAGGAAACAGUACUGCUAGAGUUGCUUGUCCUCAGUGCAAUGCAGAAUAUUUAAUAGUAUUUCCAAAGCUAGGUCCAGUUGUUUACGUUUUGGAUCUUGCAGAUCGACUGAUCUCAAAGGCAUGUCCCUUUGCUGCAGCUGGAAUAAUGGUGGGCUCUAUCUACUGGACAGCUGUUACGUACGGAGCAGUGACGGUCAUGCAGGUUGUGGGUCACAAAGAAGGUCUUGAUGUGAUGGAGAGAGCUGAUCCUUUAUUUCUUUUGAUUGGCCUCCCCACUAUCCCAGUCAUGUUAAUACUGGGCAAGAUGAUCCGUUGGGAGGACUAUGUGCUCCGACUGUGGCGCAAAUACUCUAAUAAGCUACAAAUUUUGAACAGCAUAUUUCCAGGCAUUGGAUGUCCUGUUCCUCGUAUCCCAGCAGAGGCCAACCCUUUGGCAGAUCACGUCUCUGCCACACGUAUUUUGUGUGGAGCUCUAGUUUUCCCUACUAUUGCCACGAUAGUUGGCAAGCUGAUGUUCAGCAGUGUUAACUCAAAUUUACAAAGGACAAUCUUGGGUGGAAUUGCUUUUGUUGCUAUAAAAGGAGCUUUUAAGGUUUACUUCAAGCAGCAGCAAUAUUUGCGCCAAGCUCAUCGCAAAAUUUUAAAUUAUCCUGAGCAAGAAGGAGCAUAAGGCUGUAACCUCCAGAUGUCACAGAAUCUCACCUAACAGGUUUCCAUGUUGUAUUGGUUCCAUUGUUAUUGCACAGUAGUGGAAAAUCGUGAUAAGUUGCUGCUCCUCUAUUUUUUUUUUCUUUAAAUACAAUAAAGCACUGUCUUGUGGCAGGGUAAAUCCUUUCAGCAACCACUGA